GUGAAGCAGCGCAAAGUGGAGGCCAACGUCUCCGUCGCCAAAGGCCUGAGGAAGCUGAAGAGGCCUCGCGUCCAAGUGUGCAAGAAGGUGCUGAGGAUGCUGUCGCAGGAGCAGUCGAGUGGCGAGCCGAGGCCCGAGGCGAGCGGCGCUACGGCUGGUUGCAGCAACGGCGCGGAAGCCGCUGCAGCCUUCAUAACCGGCGAAGGCUCGGAGGAGUUCUUGUCCACGGGUCGUACUGGGCGCAGGAACGCCAUGCCCGACAUACUCGGGCAGCACGCCGAGACUGCCACCGGCGACCUGCCGCAGAAGCUCGAAGCCCUCACUACCGAGGCAACGAGGAGUAGUCAGCCGGGGGAAGCGGGACAGUCGCAGCAGCAACCAACUGGCUGACACGAUGAGGCGAAAAGCCGAGCCUUGUGAACAGCCAAGGAAGAAGACGAAGCAGCAGUAGCAGCAUCGGCGGGGGUGUGCUUUUGUAAAUUGGAUUGCGUGGGAUAGUAUUACACGCACGCACGUGUUAGAGAGUGAGAGCGAAAAGCGAAUCAAUGUCGAGUCUCGUCAACUCUCCCCUUCUCUCUUUCUCUCUCUCUCUACCUCUCUCUCUCUCUCUCUUUCUCUCUCUCUCUCUCUCUGUAUUUCUUCAUCGACAUACUCGCGCGGGCACGAUCGAGCGGAUUUCUUCGGAAGGCGAUUAUGUGAUAGUUCAAAGCGAGUAAAUGGCGAUCGAUCCUCGCGGCGCUUAUGCCUGCAUACUUUUGCAGCCUCUCUCUCUCUCUCUCUCUCUCUCUCUCUAUCUACCUAUAUAGUAUUAUAACGAUCAAUGUGUUUCAUUAGUUCUCUCUCGCUGUCUCGAGUUGUACGGCUUUUAUUAAAGAGCGACACGAACUACACGUCGAGAAGCUUCAGCGUGCUGUCUUCUCCUUCUGCUCUUCUUCGUGCAUUCCUCCAUGCUCUUAUUUUUUUUAGCGAGGAGGGAGAGGAUUGAUUACGGCAGAGGAUCAUAACAGUUGGAUUGGCCGUUUUGUAUUUUUAUCUCGAGGCUCUCUCCCCCUCCCUCCCCCUCGUUUUUGUUUAUGAACGGGUGGUGCUGCGAGCAAUGCGAUUGCCCAUUUUUGUUUACCGACAGUAUUUUGUUUCCACGUUCUAAUUCUCUCUCUUUCUCUCUCUCUAGGACUAUAUAGUUUUAAGUAUACGAGAAAGAAGCGUACAAAAGCUUUCCUGUUCUUAUUUUCUAUUACAUAAGGUCGAACGCGCAAGCUCGCGAGGGCUUGUAAUAGAGCGAGCAUGCGUAUGCUUACAAGGAUUGUUACGUUAUGAUAUACAUACGCCCUUGGAACGAAAAUGUGAAAUAUAUAUAUACUUCGAUUAUGUCAAUUUUUUUCUAUCGCUGUUGAUAUUGUUAUUACCUUCUAGUUUCUUUCUUUUUUUUUGGCGAAUACCAUUCAUUAGUUUUAUGUAAAUAACGAUGUGUAGAAGUAGGACAACGCGUUUGAUAUAAAUAAAUUAAUUAGCAUGACAAUAUAUUUAAUUGCGCGAAUGAAGAUUAAAAUUAAGCAAGUAUAAUAACGAGAAUUUAAUGUAGAUUUGUACCGUUAUUUAUGAAAAUGACAGUGUUUUUUAAUUACUUUACAAAUGACGAGUGAUUUUUCGAUUUUUAUCCAGUCGAGAGGAAAAUCUUUUUUUCUUUGUAAUAUCGCAUUUUUGUUGUUGAGUGACAACGCGAGUAAUAAUUCGAUGUAGCAAUUUAUAAAUGUCUCCAAAGGAGUAAACCAGUGUGUUAUCGAGUCCAAACAACUUUUGUAAUAUAAUUUAUUAAGGGAACCGAUCUCAAUAUAGCGAACUCAAUGUAAAUCGAGAUUUUUAUUAUAUUCGUCAGAGAAACAAAACAAGCACACAUAGCGCGCGCGCGUCUGAUUAAAUUGGUGGAAUCAAUGUAAUCAUGGAUUCGAGUUUGCGAGAGAUCAUUUGGAAGAAGGAAGUGAUUGUGCAAGAAUGCGCGCGCGAGGGAGAGAAAAGUUUCUCUCGGCGACAGUGUGCACGGAUGGAAGAGCGGAAAAUGCUCGCGGCAGCAAACAAAACUAUAAAUUACCGUGAGAAGUCGAGAGUGACCUCGGAAAACUCGGCGGCGUCGCAGUGGCGGAUUUUCAUGCGCGUAUGUUGCACCCUUACGACAUUCAGUGUUUAAAAGUUGGAUUCACGUCGUUAUACGUAUUACCGACUGAACUAGCGGGUAAUGAUGUAUUCGACGAAACUGAAUUUAUAUCCACGAAGAUAUAGAUCCAUAUUUACGCCUUCCCGGUUGAUGGCUCAUUUUAUAAUUACAUCUAUUUUUUUCAAAGAUUUAUCGAAUUCAGAAAUGUCAAAGUAUGAAACGAUAAGUACACGAUUGAAAAUAAAAAGAUCGAUAGUUAUUUCAUGUCCACAAUACGGCAUCAAAUAUUACAAAAUUACGUGUAUUUUAUGCAAAGAUAAAAUGAGUGAAUAUUGAGACGUCGCUGUGGCGCAACUUCAACUUCGGGUACGAAUGAUUUGCUCUUGUAAAUACAUUAACAAAAAAUAUGUUUUUCAUGUAUCAUAUGCACCAUCGACACACAAAAGCACAUUGCGUACACACAAAUACACAAGUCUUUCUGCGAGUCUCGCCGGACGAUUCUCGUAUUUCGCGUGAAAUCACUUUCAUCUCCGUAUUUUUUUUUCGAUAUUGUAAUUUCCGGUGCUGCUAAUAUGUCCAGUGAUUAUUGCGAAGAGUCAAUUCUGUUUAUCACACGGAGACUCAUCAUCGAGUAUUAAUAUCUGUCAAUUGAAGUGGCCACGUAUUGUUAUUUGGGACGUCGAACUUUGUACGCGCGUCAGCGUGCGACAAAACGAUAUCCAUCUCGUUUAUUUAUUCAUGCCCAUUUCGAAUGGGUAUACGCCUGAAUUUCCCAAAUGUUACCUCAGUUUACGGUAACUUGAUUUAUCGCGGAGAAUGUUUUGGAUUUGCUUGGUUAAUAGGAUUUCAAAACUCGGUGUUUGAUUGAUAGUUGCAACGACGACACUUUCAGCGUGUGAGAAAGCUUUUAUCGAUCUAUAUUUUCAUCGACAGGUUUUUUAUUAUUUUUUUUAUUUGUUAUGUAAAUUUUUAAUGAUUCUAUAUCGACUGUAUAGACAAAUUGUAAAUAUGGAUAUAAAUAUGGAUAUUAAUUUUUAAAAAGUGACGAAGUAUAAGCAUAUCGAUCGAUUGUUAUGAGGUGCCGACAAGAAAAAAACAAUACAAGCAAAUCCAAUGAUCUCCGUUUUAAAACGGCGUUUUAAAAAUCCAAAGAUGAAGCUAUGUAAUCGUUUGAGCGUGCCAAUGGAUGGAUUUGUAAAAGUUAUCAUUUAGUAAUAAAAGUAAAAAAAGGCGUCCAUGACAUCGAAAAUAAUCAAUUGAGUGUGUCUCGACAUUAGUUAUUAAGUCUCAUUUUGUUCCGUUAUGUAUUUUUUGACAUAAGUUUUGGUGAGGAAGAUGAAAGAAAAAGCAAAUCGCUAGUCUCUAGUGUUUUAUUGUUCGUAAAUAAUAAACGACAAGCGCCAAAAUAAAUACUC